AUGAUCUCAGAUAAAAAGACGUGCUCAUGGGAGUCGCCCUUUUUCGGCGACCCCGAUCAGUGCGUCGACGUCGACGUGCGUCGGCGCAUGAGCGAGGAGUUCGUGCGAGUGCAGACGCCGCCGGAGUCCCAGUCGACGUCGACACCGUCACGUCACCAUCCCCAUCAUUUCGCCUCUCACCGAUCCUCGUUCGCCUCCAAACUCAAGGACGCCCGUGCAGCCGCCACCGAGGCCCGGUUCAAGCACUUGAAUCGCAUCAAGAAGUUCUGCGCCGAGCGGACGAUCCUCAUCGUCAUCACCGUGGCGUCAUUCGGCGCCGCCGCCUUCCUCGUCGUCAUGGGCCUCAACGCACGCGCCGAGUUGCCGUCGGACGCAGGCAUGAGUCACACCAGUGGCAUAGGUGUCGCUGCUGGCACAGGAGCACUAGCAGCCGGGCACAGGGGCAGCAGCAACGCGGGAGGGGCGGCAAAGGCGGCAGCGGGGGUGUCAGGGCUGGGGGGUGACGGGAUGCCCACGGCCGCCGUGGCGGCGCACCAGUUCCCGCAACAGAGCGUCGACUUGCGUUUCCCUGGCGCACUCGACGGCAUGGCGCCGCCCGGCGCCGCCCUCGUCACUCGUGAUCUUCCCAAAGAUUCCCUUAUUGUCGACCAGUCUGUCAUCAUUCCUGCUGUUGAUGCAAGUGGACAGCAAACCCGUCUGCACGCGUCAGCGAGCAGCGACAAGCAGGCGACGGAGUUGCUGGAGCUGAAGGAAUGCCCCGAGGCGUACGGCCUGCAGUUGUACCCGCACCCCAAGUACUGCGACCAGUUCUACAAGUGCGCAAACGGCACUUUGACGCUGGAGUUUUGCGAAAACGGACUCUUGUUCGACGGCUUGGGUUCCGUUUACAAUUAUUGCAACUACCACUGGGCUGUCGACUGCAACAAGCGAGUCAACGACAUUGCUGAGCUGAAGAGCCCAGGAUGCCCGUACCGGUUUGGCAUUUUCCCGAUCGACACCAAGAACUGCACGACCAGCUACUACAAGUGUGCCUUCGGGAUCCCCGAGGAGCAGGCGUGUCAGGUCGGCUUGGCGUACGACAACAGGAUCCACCAGUGCAACUGGCCUGACCUCACCCCGCACUGUGACCCUGAAACCAUUGUUGGGUUCAGCUGCCCCGAGAAGCUGCCCCCGGGCUCGUUGGCCGUCAAGUUCAUGCCGUUCCCCCGCUUCGACGCCGGGCGAUGCGACUCCUUGAUCGUGUGCGUCAACGGAUACCCGCGUCUCAUUCGCUGCACCGAGGAGAAGGUCUUCAACAAGCUCACCCUCAGCUGCGAUUAUCCCGAGAACGUCCCCGAAUGGUAUUACAAUAAUACUGUAUAUCCCAUCGCCGAAUGA